AUGGUGACUCCUCUUGAGAACAGCGCCGUCUUGGCAGGUGAUGAGAUUAGGCCUUACCGCAUUCAUGUUUCAAGCAAAUACCUCGACCUCACGAAGCAAAAGCUGGAACUCACCAGGCUGCCUCAUGAAACUUCAGAACCCAAGUCGCAAGACUGGUGGGAGCCGAAACCCCGGAUCGAGCCGCUCGUUGACUACUGGCUCGAAAAGUUUGACUGGCGAGAGCAAGAGAGGCUCUUAAACGCCCAGCUCCCCCAAUUCCGUACAGCAGUCCUCAUCCCGGGCACCGAGGCUUCCGUGCGGUCUCACUUCAUCCACCAUCUUAUUCAGCCUCUGGCAGAGCCGGAGGAUCCGGAGAAUAAGCAGCCUUUCCACGUGGUGAUUCCCUCUUUGCCUGGUAUCGGCUUCAGCGAUGCGCUCCCAAGUAACACAUCCGUCAUCUCGGCGACGGCAGAGGUUCUCAACACCGUCAUGACAAGACUUUCGUACUCGACAUAUGUCACGACAAACACAGCUUCAGCCGCCUCAAGUCCCGCAGAAAUCGACUGGAAAAUCGCCAGCUACCUGGCGACGCACUACCCCAACAGCUGCGUAGGCGCCCACUUCAUCAACCCGUCCAUCAAAGCACCGACUGCGCAGGCAGCGCCUCUGGAGUGGAUGAAGUGGUCCAUCGCAAAGUUCUUCCGCGCCCCAGUACUGGGUUACCAACGCGAGGACUUCGCUUCCUUGGACCGGGCCUCCAAAUCGCCAGCUACCCCUCCGCCAGACAUGCUGGAGCCAAAUACGCCAUCCUUCGCCCUCUGCGACUCGCCGGUCGGGCUCCUCGCGCUCGUGCUCAAGGUCCUCCGCGUCUUGGGAGCGCAGAAGCAGUUCUCACCAACAGAGAUCGUCACUCUGACGCAGACGGCGUGGCUUCCCGGCCCCGAGGCCGCACUGCGCUUCUGGGCUCACUGUCUUGCCCACGAGGAGGAGGCGCCGCCGAAGUCGGCUGUGAAGCCCAAGAUCGCAAUGACGGUGUUCACUGGCGAAGCAGCCACUGGGCCGAGUGAUGUCGAAGCGCAAGUUGUCGCGCCCCGUCCGGCGUCAGUCUCAUACGCGUGUCCGGCGUGGGCGAGGGUCUCGUACAACCUCCUCCACACGCGGCGGGCAUCGGUAACACCGGGCUUGGUCGCUUGGGAUGCCCCAGAGCACAUUUUUGAAGGGGUCCGCGGUCUGACAAAAGAGCUCCUGGCCAUCCCCAAUACGCUGAAACGCUCCGACCAGACCAUCGAGCCGCUGCAGGGCGUCAGUGUCCAGGGCGAUGGCUCACAAGGAGCGCAACAGAUGGCUAAGACUACUGGUGGCGAUAAUGUGCCGUCAACGCCGCAGGCCGAGGCUUCGUGGCGCCUUGAGAGGAUUCGCGAGGCUUCGGAGACACCCAACAAGUCGCAAAAGGACGGCGGAGGGGUGGAGGCCGACUUUGAUCAGGCUAGCCCUGAUACCAUCGUGGUCACCCCUCCAGGGAACUGA